AUGAAGCCCAGCAUUAUUCUCACGGUCCUAGGCCUGAGCCUUACCGCCAUCGCGGCCCCAACUCCGCUGUACCAGCUUGAAGUCCGUGAGGUUGAUAUCGACGAUGCUACACCUACUCCCCCCACUCCUCCCACCCCUCCGACACCUCAGACUGUCCCCAUUGCUCAUGCUCCUCCCGGAAAGGACUCCGGCUAUUACCCUCCAGCCCAAGCCAAUCCACCAACUCCACCGACUCCCCCCACCCCUCCCACUCCUUCUAACGUUCCCGUGAAUGCUCCUGGAUCUCCCUAUCCUUAUGUAAACUCCCCGCAGACUCCCCCAACCCCUCCCAUUCCCCCUACCCCUCCAAGCCCUUCUGGUGCUGUGUACGGUCCAGUCAUUGGUAAUGGAAACUACGGAAAUCUCCCUGCUGCUCCCCCGACUCCUCCCACUCCUCCUACUCCCUCUACCCCUUCUGGGGGUACUGAGAGUGGAUUUGUUGGAAAAGGUAGCACUGGCUGA